AUGAGCACGACACCGACACAAGACGAGCUGGCCGACUUUCUCCUGUCGUGCCGCUUCGACGAGGGCGAGGAGGUGCGCGCGUUCCUGAAGACGUACGGCGCCGAGGGGCUCAAGGCCGCCAAGGACGAGCGCGGAAACACGGCGCUGCACAUGGCCUGUGGAAAUGGACACCUGGGCGAGGUAGAGAGAGAGAGAGCUGUGGAGAGCCGUAGCGAUGACAAGGUGGCAGAAGUUGACAUCACAGACGUCCUCAACGCUCUCCUCGAGGUCGCCCCCGCCGAGCUCCUGCAGCAGACGAACGAGGCCGGCUCCCCGCCCGUGCACUGGGCCGUUAUGAACAACCACGUCGCGUGCGUCCAGGCGCUGGUCGAUGUGCCGGAGGAGCGUGGUGGAGGUCUGCCGCUGCUCAAGGUGAGUCCUGCCCCUGCCAAGCUCAUGCCGCAGAAGAACGCGGCCGGGCGCGACGCAUUCGACGAGGCCGUCUUCGCCGGCGAGGGCAAGGAGGAGGUCGCGGGCUGGAUUGAGGGAUACGUAUGGAAGGCCGAGGGUGGCAAGGACGACGGCAAGGAGAGCACGGAGCAGACCGAGGAGGUCACACUCAAGAUGGGCGACACCUCUGGCGAGGGAGCCGUCACGGAGGAGGUCGACCUGAGCGCGCACACCGAGGCGCUCAAGGUUGAGGACAAGUAG